CCGGACUCUUGACAAGAUAGUCAAUGAGAAAGGAAUGCUCCGCGAGGACGCAAUCAUGCGUUCUCCAUCUCCAGUUGCUUCCGGCUCGAAUCACACCCUGGAUGGUGGUCCUCCUGCCAAACGCAGUCGUAUUGAGGAGAUCCCCAACGUCGAGAUGGCCACCGGCCAACAGAACGAUCUUGAUCUUCUGUUUGGAGAUAGCGAGUUCGCCCAGGCUGAACCCGUCAAUUGGGAUGAGGUCGUAGACUUCAACACCCUUCUGGAGGAAAUGGACGCUCCUUCUGCCGAAAGCCAGAGCGCGUAAUCACCGCCGCCCCGGGUUCUGUACUUAAUUCGUUGAUGAUUCGAUCGCAUGAUUUUUGUACAAAUUUAUUCUGUG